AUGGCUAAUGGAGAUAAAAAAGGCGGGCUAGAUGCAAAAUUUGUUCACAUUCCUAAAGAAAUAUUACAAGACAUAUUGCUUAAACUAGACAUAAAAUCUCUCGUACGAUUCAAAACAGUCAAUACCUUCUGGUUUUCUUUGAUUUCUAGCCAUGAGUUCGCUCAAGCACAGCUCAGUCAUGUCCGUGAUCACAAAUAUAGAGUCAUUCAACUAGGGAAUAUGCAUACACCGUGCCCGUCUGUCUCUCUUCGUAUCGUGAACGCUCGAGAUUAUUAUAAUAAUCUCGUAACGAUAGAGCUUCGAAAGGUUUUCGGAGAAGUUGAUCGAAAACAGGUUUCCGAAACUGUUGUCGAAGUAUUUGGUUCUUGCAAUGGAAUGUUACUUGUAUCUUUGGGGAGUUAUUUGAAAAGAUUUAUACUGUGGAAUCCGACUAUUAGGGAAUACAAAACGAUCCGCCAACUCGGGUAUGAGUUCGAUCCUUUGUAUUACCUUGCCGGUAUUUGUUGUGAUGAGACUAAUGAUGAUUAUAGAGUUGUGGUAGUUGUUGUUUCUAUAGCAAGGGAGAUAUCAUUUGCAAUUUAUAACAAUAAGAAGAAAUGCUGGGAGAGAAGAGAAAAAUCCUACUUUCCUUACAACUUCUAUUUUAAUCAAGCCGCCGUAAGCCCCGUGAACGGGAUACUACAUUGGGUGGUACGGAGGGUGGAUGACGAUGGCGAAGACAGAGAAGCAGUUAUUUUGAGUUUUGAUAUGGUAAAGAAUGAGUUCAAGGAGGUACCGUCGCCGAGAAAUUUCCCGAAAGAUAAUUACAAUAACUUGGUGUUUGUGUCGGCUAUCGACGGGUUUCUUUGCGUAAGCUUACGUCCGGAAGAUUGUUUUCCGGACAGAUUAAACAUAUGGAUGAUGAAAGAAUAUGGGGUGGAGGAAUCUUGGACUAAAUUGAGUAAUUGA